AUGCAAGAGGCAGGCGCAGCCCUUCCGCCGGAGGUAGUCCACAUGAUCGUGACAUGGGCGUCGCGCAUUUAUAACCCCGCCAAAAAGUUUGACAGGCGUGGCCUUGCGGCGUGCAGUGCGUUAUGUCGGCACUGGGCCAAGAUUAUCCGUCCCACUCUAUUCCACACUAUCAUCAUACGAUCUCAUCUCGAUUUGGUGGAACUACUCGCCUUGAUGGAUGCCACAGCUAUCGUGCGACCACCGAUUACCGACUGCAUCCAAGACGUGAUCGUCGAACAUCGAGGGGCCCAAUGCUGUCCGUGGCUUCACCGUAUUUAUCAAGUGUGGAAACGGCUCGUACGCCCGACAGUGGAGAUCAUAUUAGAGAAGUCAUGGAUCACUGCACCGUCUCCCGAAUAUAUGCCAUCUCGAGAACUCAAGCCGAGCGCAGGGCUUGGUCUCCUCCCUGGCCAGGCGCUGCCAAUAACCCUGCCAGGGUCGCUAUACCCCUUCUUUCGCGUUGCUCUACAUAGCCUCAAGCUAAGGAGAGUGGCGGACCUCGUUCGCUUCGUCCACCGUCUCCCCAUGGUUUUGGAGUGCGACUUGCGGAAUGUCACAUUCGUCGAAGACUUGACGCUAAGCCCCUUGCGAACUUUGCGAAUACGAGGACCACUCCGAGCCGUCACAGCAUCGGAUUGUGGAGACGGCACUUUGGAGGCACAAAUUUUUCUGGCGUCCACUGUGCUCGCCGCCCGAGAACGCCUACACAUGGAUGAUCCGACAUGGUCUUCGUUGUUGCAAACGGUGCGGUAUUCCGUGCCUCAAUCUUGUUCUUCAGUGGCGAUGGAUAUCAACGAGUCAGAGGAUAAAUUAUUCAUUCGUUCUGGCAAACUACCCGUUGGAGCGUUAGAGCAAAAAGAUCCGUCUUGGGGCAUAGUUAUUGAAGUCUCUCGCCCAAAACACGCAGAGAAGAAUCACGGCAUGCAAGUUUAUCUUACGCACAAUCGCGUCUGGUCGGCUAUCAAGUUGACCCUCCCACUCGUUUCUUUGAACGGGCACAUAUUCAUCUUCCGACUUUCUGCGCGUUUCAUUAUGCAGACCGACAUCUCCCCGUCAAGCUACCACGGCUAUUACUCCCAAAUGGCUCUCGGUGUUUAUAGGCUUCUGUCACGCGGCGCUCUUGAUCCCUGUUUGCCCAGUGGUCAUGUUUCUCUCGUUGUAUUUCGCAAGUUCGCAGGCAUUAGUACCCACCAAAAUCCUUACCAGGACAGACUUCCGAGUAGUCAGAAUUCGGCUUCGUACGCUAUCUCACUGCAGCCUAGGGCCGAAUAUCCUCAAACUUCAGUUGCUCAAGGCUUUGCCCAAAAUGAGCGAACACCCUGA